AUGCGCUUCGCUCCUUUCCUCCUGCUGGCCUCCCUGGCUACAGCCAGUCCACUCCUUGACACCAAUACUGAGGUGACUGAUAUCGACGUCGUUACCAGCCUCAAGGAUCUGAAACCCGUUGCUGAGCUCGUCAACGACUCCAACGUUCUCGAAGCCCGCGGCUCAACCCCCUGGCACAACUGCAAGUGCUUCAAUGGAUACAUCACCGACGAGAAUUACUCCGGCGUCUACGAGAAAACUCUCGCUUACGAAGGCAACUGGUACUGGGGGAUCCCAGAUGUUCCUCAGGGCUAUGGAGUGUACUUCGAGGGUCCCUCCAAGUACUUCCUCACCGUCGAGGUGGUGGGCAAGAACUCGCAGCUCUUGACCAAGAAUCGCGUCGGGAACAUUAUCCACCAGCUCAAGGUCGCUCGAGGCGAUAAGCAAUGCGGAACCAAGCCUGUUGUUUGCUGGACCAAGGGCGAGAAUGAAAUCAAGGCCUAUGUUAAGGAAUUCUAA